CAGGUGUUGGGGUUCAUGAAGUACAAAUUAAAGAACCCUCUUCAUCAAACCAGCUUCACCUAUUUAAAUCACUUAAAACCACCAGUGUGUCCUACAGGCACAUCAUCUCUCCCUGUUCCUCGACUCUCCUAUUUGGUUGGUGUCCUCGUAUGCCAGCUAAGAACAUGUCCCGCCUCUGGUGACAACAGGGCGGACUCAGGGCGGACUCGGUUUUUGUGUGCGGAUGACAUCACCAGUGGACUUGUCCAAACCAUGAUGGCGGCGGCAGCAACGGAGCGGGGCGGCGGUCCCGGUCCCUCUCCUCCUGGCUCCCUGCAGCCUGCGGUGGAUUAUUCAGUGUUGGUGGUGGUCGGAGUGUCGCGGCCCGCCGGCCUGCUGGAGCGGCUCCUGCGACAGAUAGACUCAGGUGUGCGGUGCUGGCCUGUAGACCUGCAGGUCUCUGUUCUGGACCAGCAGCUGAAGCUCUUCGUGUCGAGACACUCAGCCUUCCAGUCAGAGGAUGUCCCAGGUCAGAGGACUCUGCAGCAUCGUGGAGACGUGUUGGACACGCAGGUUGUCGUGAAUCCAGCUCAUGACCUGCUCUGCUCCGAGGUUCGGCGGCUGCUCUGUGGUUCGUCGCGUCACAAGCUGCUGGUUCUGGCAGGACAGUGCAUGGAGGGGAGCGGAGACAUUGUGCUACAGAGAGGCUGCUUCUCCCUCACUGACCUUGUCAACAUCCUCUCUGAUCCAGAGGUGGGUGAGCUGUUGAGCUCUGCAGACCCGUUGAUGAAGGCUAGCCUCACCGUCAGCUGUCCAAACUACGGGGUUUGGAAAGAUUGUGCGUUAGAGAAACAUCCCCUGCAAGACUGCAUCAACAUCCAGGUCAACCCGCCCCCCAUCCUCCCAGAGAUGGAGGGCCUGCAAGAGUUCACAGAGUACCUCUCAGAGUCUCUGGAGCCUGAGUCACCAUUUGAGCUCCUGGAGCCCCCAAGCACGGUCGGGUUCCUGAAACUGUCUCGGCCCUGCUGCUACAUCUUUCCUGGAGGGCAUGGCGAUUCCGCCUUUUUUGCUGUAAACGGUUUUAACGUCCUGGUGAAUGGGGGCUCCGAUCCUCGCUCCUGUUUCUGGAAACUGGUUAGACACCUGGACAGGAUUGACUCGGUACUCCUGACUCACAUCGGGGUGGACAAUCUGCCCGGGGUGAACAGUCUGCUGAUGAGGAAAGUCGCCGAGCAGCAAGAGGAAUCAGCUGGACCUCAGUCUGAGGAGGACUGGAUGAAGAACCUAAUCUCCCCUGAGAUUGGGGUGGUCUUUCUGAAUGCUCCCGACAGGUUGAGAUCCAUUCAGGCAGACCCAGGCAUGCUGCGGAGCUGUGACCAAGCAGCGCUCACUAUGGAGCACUUACAUAGACUGGAAAUCAAACCUGAACCUCUGAGCCGGUCUAAUGGACCCACUAUAGAACCAGUUAUCCUUUUUCAGAAAAUGGGAGUGGGCCGCCUGGAGCUGUACACAUUGAAUCCGGUCACUGGCAGCAAAAACCUGGAAGCUUUGAUGCAGACUUGGCCAAACAAUGGAUCCCAUGUAAAGGGCUCUGAUCUCCCGCUGCCGUGCCUUGUGUCCAUUUGUGCACUGCUGGUCUGGCAUCCAUCCAGUCCUCAGGACAAGAUCAUCAGAGUCCUCUUCCCAGGAUGCACUCCACAGAACAAAAUUCUUGAUGGACUAGAAAAACUCAAACAUCUGGGUUUCCUCAAACAUCCAUUUGUGUGUUUGAGAGACUUGGAGACGGCAAAAACCGAGAAACAACCAAAAAGAGCAGAGAGUCGAGAAAGCCUUAAGUCUCAGUCCAAGGAAGUCAGAGCCAGCAGUGCCUUUCAGAAAGAUAAGAUUGGACGAGUAGACGUCAAAAAACAGGAGGUGAAAAUGAAGCCAAAGGUAGCAGGUGAGACUUCACCAAAAGAGAAAAAGGAUGUGGAGGAAAAGCCCAAAAUGAAAGAGUCAGAUGCUAAAUCAAAGCUACAGAAACCUGCUGAAAAGCUUGUUCCAAAGAAAGAAGUGUCAAAAGAAGAGAGAAAGGACGUGAAGAGGGAGGAGAGGAAGGCUCCUCUUACUGUGGUAAAGAGAGAAGAGGGUGCAGAGAAGAAGAAAGAAGCCAUUAAGAAGGAAACUGUAAGUGCGAAACCAAAGAAAGAAGUCAAACCUGAGCCAAAAAAAGACAGCAAGAAGGAUGUCAAGCCAGAGGACAAGAAGAUGACAAAACCAGCUGUGAAAGAAAUGAAGAAAACCACAAGUGGAGCAUCAACAACAAGCACAGAACUAAAAAAAGGUAAGAUUGGGACUCUGAAGAAAGAUGGUACUCUGCCAAAAAAAGACACUGUGAGCAAAGGGACCAAAGGGAAACCAGGUUCAACGGAGCAGGAGAAUCUGAAGGACAGCUCUAAGGUGUCCACAUCCAAGGACAUGACGGCUGAAUUUGAAAGACUUCGAUUGGAAGACCAGAACGGGAACAGCGGCCAAAACUCAGAGGUCCCAGCACUCAGGAAUUCUGAUGGAGGUAAAGUCAAGGGGAACCAGCCCGCCAAGGUCGAGAGCCCAGAGAAGUUUCGCAGUUUGGAGUUGGACCAGGCCAAGGACCAUUUCAGCGCAAACUUUGACCUUUCUCCAACUGUGUACCAGCCAGUCCACGACUCCUUGAAGAAUGGGCAGGAUGACGUCUGCAUGAGCUCAGAGGAAAAAACUCUGGAGCUAGUCUCUCCUCCAGAACAGUCCCCUGAAGAGGACGGUCAGAGUUUAGAGGACAGCCUUGGGGAGAGAGGAUCUGGUCUGGGCUGUGAGGAGUACAAUCAAGGAAGUUCUUGUAGGACUUCAGAAUUUGGCUCCAUAAGAGAAGGUCUGGAAAACUCCAUGUCUUCUCAGGACAAACAGUCCAGUCUUUUGAUGCUCAGUCCUUUCAAAGACUCUUCCUCCACCUUAACCUCCAUGCCCGCUGAAAUUGGCUCUCCUCAGUCCACAGAGGUGGAUGAAUCUCUUUCGGUUUCUUUAGAACAAGUGGCGUCACCCAAAGGACCGCUGGGAAUCCACUCUAAUGGACAUGUUAGUGACUCGGACUCGAAUACCGGGAUAACCUUACCUCUGAGAUCAAACCAUAACGGGUGCUGUGGAGAUGGAUCAGAGGAACACAUCCACACGCUGUCUGAGCUGAUAUCAGAUGUUCCCCAUGAUGUGGAUCUCUGUUUGGUGUCCCCGUGUGAGUUCCUGCACCCAAAGACUUCAGAGAACCAGAAUGUCAGUUCAUGCCCCACUUCUGGUACCUCUCCAGACCUUUCUGACAACAACAACCAAUCACAGGACCAAAGCAGCAGCGACUGCCCCUCAGCCUAUAGCCAAGAGACUCCACCCACAUCAGUCAGCAACUCCCUUUCAACUAACACAGACUCUGACGUCCCCCCUGGGACAGAGGACUGUCCUUCCAUUACAGCAGACAUAGACUCUGAUGAUGACUCCAGUGGCCUUAACCUGUCCGAUCAUCCAAGUCCACAUCAAUUAUCUUACAGAGUGGGGCAGCUUUCCUCACAUGACCCGCCCCCAGCCCCCAUGAAGGAUCUGCCUCCCUUACCCCCCCAGCCCGGAGCAUGCAUGGCAGACACCGAAGCUGAUGGAUCUAGCAGAAACCUGAAAAGUUUAGCCCCAAAGACCAAGAAACCGACAAGUACAAUGCAGAAGACGACAUCCGGAAGCACAGCGGCCCUGAGCAAGUCCAAAACCAGCACCACCACUGGGUCCUUGAGAACCAGCGUGAGCCUGGACACCAAACCCUCUUCCAGAAACUCACUGGGAGGGUCCCGAAUCGGAGCCCCAAGACCUUCAUCUGCAGGAUCCAGAGCUGCAGGCUCUGCAGGUUCUACAGGUUCUGUGGGUUCUGCGAUCUAUGUGGACCUUGCCUACCUCCCGUCAGGGUGUGCGUCCUCCUCAGUGGACCUGGACUUCUUCAGACGUCUCCGCUCAUCUCAUUAUAUUGUGAGUGGAGAUGACCACAUGAAGGAUGACGCCAUGAGGACGCUCCUGGCUGCUUUGCUGGAUGGGAAGACCAGCUGGCCCGAUGUCCAGGUGACGCUGAUCCCAACGUUUGAUUCCCUGGUGAUGCACGAGUGGUACCAGGAGACGCACGAUCGUCAGAGGGAGCUGUCAAUCACCGUGCUGGGCAGCAACAGCACCGUGGCUAUGCAGGAGGAGACCUUCCCCGCUUGCAAGGUGGAGUUCUGAGCACAGAGCCCUUUCCCAGGGAAUUGAUGGUUACAUUUAGUAGAGACCAAUGACAGGGUGGGUGAAAGCCCUGCCCCCUUCUGGAGAGAGAUUUUUAGUGAGCAUGCUCAGUUGCUGCACAGCCCUCACUGUUCACCCACAGGUAGACAAACAGCAAGUUCAGUUUAUUACAAAGGGUUAUUACAUUCCCUGUUCCUGUAUGACAUCACUGCACAGUAAUCACCUGUCACUACGUGUCACUUCCUGUCUGCUGGAUUAGGACCUUCAGCUCACAAAUGUAAACAAAUGUAAGCACAUUAGCAUGACAUUUAUCAAACAGAAUAUUUGAAACAGACUCACUGAGAUCUAUAAACAGAACAUACAGAGAGUGAGUACUAGCUAAAAAAAAAUUGUAGCAUGCUAACUGUAGAGCUCAGUGUUCAGCCCUAGCCUGUCUGAUUAGCUAAUGUAAGCAUUGUCUGCUCACUGUAGUCACUCUAAUUAGCUAAAUUUAGCAUAGCCUGCUAACCGUAGCCUUUCUGAUUAGCUAAUGUUAGCUAAGCCUGCUAACUGUAGCCUCUCUGAUUAGCUCAUAUUAGGGUAGCCUGCUUACUGUUGAGCUCAGUGUUCAGCUCUAGCCUCUCUGAUAAGUUUAUAUUAGCUUAGCCUGCACACUGUAGCCUCUCUGAUUAGCUCAUGUUAGAGUAGCCUGCUAAGUGUGUCCUCUGAUUGCACUGCUCUGGUUCAGAUUGUCUCUGAUUAGAGCCGAGCAGCGCUUUCUGAGAACAAAGAUGGUUCAUUGAUUUCAUGCCAGACUGAAGGUUUAUAAACAUGAGGCUCUGUGCUUCAUGGUCUUUAUUUAGAUAGAAUAUAAACGCUGUCUUCAUAUUAAUGACAUGCUGUUAACUGUGUCUGAGGUCGUUGUCAUGUGAUCAUCUGUUGAGGAUCUCAUGAUUUCCAACUCAACAACAGGAGCUUUAUUUCGUGAUGAUGAUGAUGAGAUACUCUUCAUCCUGUUUUCUGAAACAUAUAAAGAUAAAUCCUCAUCAGUCUGUAUCAGGCUGAUUAUAAUCUCAGAUUACAGAUUAAUGUGUAACGCUGUGGUUUGUGUAGUUUGUGUAGGAGCUUCUUAUCCAGCAGACUGACAGGUAAAGUGUGUUUGUAGUGAGGAGAUAUUUGGGACCACACGUUCUUCUGCUAUUUUAUUAAAUGUUUGAUCACAAAUCUUAGAUCAGAUGUUAGUGAAGGAAAAUCACUUUUGGAUACUUUUACACUUUUUCUUUGAGAAUAGUAGUUUGUAUUUUUUCUGUGCGAAACAAUCUAAAUCCUACAUUACCCAUGAGCCUCAGCUGCUGGAAUUAUUUUAAAUUAAAGUGAAUCAAAGGUUUCAGACAAAUCCUCAAAGCCCACCUGUGACUUCUGCCUGGUGACAGAGUCUGCAGGUCUCUGGUUGGCUGGUACUUACAGCGGGGCUUUGUUGGAGUUGUAGUUCAGCCUGCUUUAAUCUGAGGCGUGAAUCAGUCUGUUUUAUUUUUCUAUCAUAGUGAAUUUUACGUUUUCAAUCUGUAACGACUGAAACAUGAAGAUGAGUCUUUAAUGUGAGCUGUUUUUAUUCCUGCCUACAAACAUUUCAACAUUCAACAUUUCAAUCUUUAACUUAUUUAUUUAUUUCAAUUUGUUUUUGUCCUCCUUGGAAAACUUUGAUGAAAUCUCUAAAGUGAACUUUGGUACGAGCUCCUCCCUCCAUCUUUAACUUUCUGUAAACAGCGAAUAAUCCUGGAGUUUGUGAACCAGUGAACCUUCAUUAACUUUUACAGUCUCAGACGGUUAACUGCAGCAGAGUUCAUUAAACUCUGAGUCAAAGAGACGAAUGUCAUCAUCAGCGACUAUCGCUAUAAAAUAACAUUACACAUUUAAAUUUAACUGUUUCAUUCAGACUUUUAUUGUCAGUCAGUUGGAUCAUCAUCUGAUCAGCGACUCUAAACUGUUUCAAAUGUUUAAAUAGGGCCUUUCAUUGUUAUAUUAGACAUGUGAUUUAUUGAUGUUUUACACCCAAACACACAAACACACACUCUGAAGUGAUAUGUUUAUUGAAACACUAAUUUUAAUGAUUCUUUCAAAAUAAAAGUUUCCCCUCAGUA